UUCAGAUUAAGUUAGUGAUAGAUUUUGUGAUGAUACAGUUGCAUUUUUCCCAUACUCAGGUAUUUGCGAGACAUUAAAGGCCUUCCUGCAACGGUGUAAGAUGAAGCUGAACUACAAUGAAGUCAGUAAUCCAUCAGAGAGCCACAGAAGAAACCGUGGCUCCAGCAGCCAGUCCAGGAUCCUGGACAUUGAGAGAGCUCAAAGGGCUGAGUGUUUUGCAGUCAUUCAACGUGCAGAGAGACUGUAUUCUUCAAAGAAAUCCUUAAUUGAUGCGGUUAUGAAGAGAAUGGGAUUCCCCAUGCAGCAGGACACCCUCCCCUCACCUCAGCCUCCAGCUUCUCCCACAAGAAGCCCUGAAUCCUCUCUGCGAGGGAGGAGACUUAGGCCCAUUUUAAACGACGACAGAAGGGUUCGGACGUCCAGGGCCAACCAGGCGUUGGUAGAAGAGGAGCCUUUCUAUGAGAAGAAGCUGCGUCUGUGCAGGAAGAUGGCUGGGGGGACAGCUGCAAACAGGAGCCCAAGUAAAGACUCUUCCCUCAGCUCUGUGAACAUGCACACUCCCACUGAGCUGAGGGCCAUUUCACACACCAGCCUGUUCACCCCUACUCCUUCUCCUCCUCCUCCUCCUCCUCCUCCUCCUCCUCCUCCCCUCCCCCCCUCCUCCCAGAGCAACCAGGAGACCGUCUCGUCUCCCAGUGAUUGCUAUGAAAUUUGGUGGAGCAGGCAAGGAGGUGGCUGAUGGAUGCAAGCUCCAGUCGUCACAGACGACACUAGAGAGACUUACGGAGACACUAGAGAAAUUCAUGCUCUGCCACCGUCCUUCACCUGAACUACCAACAGCCCCCAGUAGGACCCCAACGGUGGAAGCCAAGGUUCCAGCACCACCUUCAGAAGCUGCCCCGACCAACAGAAAAGGACCUCGCUGUGGGUUCCUGGCGGCGGCAACCAAGUUUCCAGCACAUCCAUCAGAAGCUGUCCCGCCCAACAGAAAAGGACCUCGCCGUGGGACAACAUGCCACCCAAAGGCUGUAGCAGGUCAGGAAGACCUCCAGCCUUUGGUCAACCCUGCAAAGAGCCUGUCCCUUUGCUUCACGCAGCUGACCUCAGAUAACUGGGAGGAGAAACUGGAUGGAUUGAAAUCUGUUCGAGUUCUGGCACGACACCAUCCAGAAUUCCUGCAGACCAAACUGCAUGAAGUCUGCCUGCUCCUCACAGAAGCGGUGAAUAACCCGCGCUCUGCUGUGACCGGUGCUGCAAUGGGCACCGUAGCAGAGCUCCAUGCCCACCUGGGGAGGGCCAUGGACACUGAGGCAGAGUGGACAGGCCGCGUCCUGCUGCUGAAGUUGGCACAGACAACCAACUCCUUCAUUCACCAGCAGGCCAACCUCGGCCUGGAUGCGCUGGUAGAGGGCUGCAGCCCUGGUAGAAUAAUAAAUGUUCUCCUCAACACAGGGUUGAGCCACCGCUGUGCUACAGUGAGGGCCAGCACAGCCGAGCACCUCCACCAGCUGGCGGACAUCGUUGGAGAGGAUCAGAUCUUGACAGCAGGGAAGAUCUUCACAGAGCGUUUCCUUGUUGCUGUCAGUAAGAUGGCGGUGGAUUCUGCACCAGAAGUCAGGCACUAUGGACAGAAGAUGCUCAAAGGACUCGCCAACCAGAAGGAAUUCACGGUCCAGUGGGAUAGGAUCAUCCCAGUGAAAGACAGACAUCACUUGGAGAAGAUCUUGAAAAAGAUGAGGCAGUAGAAGCCUGCAUGUUCCUCGGAAUAACUGGAUGUAGCCUCAUUUUUUGUUAUCCAAAGAACAGCAUAAAAUAAAUGUAUUAGAAAGGCAUUAGACAUCUCAACACAAAAUAAACAUAAUACAAUGCAACUGAUUGAAUUCAAUUUACUGCAAGUAACUCUGUACCUAAACAAAAUAUAAAAAGGCAAAUCAAGAGAAACAUAUAAACAAGCAAUCACAACGCAUUCUUGAUCAGUUGAUAGCCAAGACGGCUGAACAUGAUACUUUUACAACUCGAGAGGUAGAAAAUGCAAUGGCCAGGUUGAAGCAUCCGUAACAUAUUGCGAUGUGAAGCUAUACAUUAAAUCCACAUCCAAUAUCAUUUAAAAAAACCCAGGAUGUUCCCUAAUCAAAU